GGAACGGAGGGCGCCGCCCCGCGCAGACCCCGAGAGCAGGGGUAAUCUCAAUCUAGCUGUGCUUCAGUGUCUGGGAAGGACGCAGCCUUGCUUGGAAGAAAAGACACUGGUGACGUCCUCACUGCAAAGAUCUGUGACCUGGGUUCAUCUCAUCACCAGGCGCUGCUGGCCUCCAGGCGUGUACUGGACAAGAGCGAAACCCCAAGGCCUUGUGCAGGGGCCUGGCUCUCAUUCUUCCGGCCUGACGUCCUGCCCACCUUUGGAUUAAGGCUCAGGAAUAAGCCGGCGCGAUGGACUGGGGGACCCUGCACGCUUUCAUCGGGGGUGUAAACAAGCACUCCACCAACAUCGGGAAGGUCUGGAUCACGGUCAUUUUCAUUUUCCGUGUCAUGAUCCUCGUGGUGGCCGCGCAGGAAGUGUGGGGAGACGAACAGGAAGACUUCGUCUGCAACACCCUCCAGCCCGGCUGCAAGAACGUGUGCUACGACCACUUCUUCCCCGUGUCCCACAUCCGGCUCUGGGCCCUGCAGCUCAUCUUCGUGUCCACGCCAGCGCUGCUGGUGGCCAUGCACGUAGCCUACUACAGGCACGAAACCGCCCGCAAGUUCCGGCGGGGAGAGAAGAGGAACGAAUUCAAAGACCUGGAGGACAUCAAGAAGCAGAAGGUUCGGAUCGAGGGCUCGCUCUGGUGGACGUACACCAGCAGCAUCUUCUUCCGGAUCAUCUUCGAGGCCUCUUUCAUGUACGUCUUUUACUUCCUCUACAAUGGGUACCACCUGCCCUGGGUGCUGAAGUGCGGGAUCGAGCCCUGCCCCAAUCUUGUGGACUGCUUCAUUUCCAGGCCGACAGAGAAAACCGUGUUUACCAUUUUCAUGAUUUCUGCCUCUGUGAUUUGCAUGUUGCUGAACGUGGCCGAGUUGUGCUACCUGCUGCUGAAAGUGUGUUUUAGGAGAUCCAAGAGAGCCCAGGCACAAAGAAAUCACCCCAACUAUGCCCUCAAGGAGAGCAAGCAGAAUGAAAUGAACGAGCUGAUUUCAGAUAGCGGUCAAAAUGCCAUCACAGGUUUUCCAAGUUAAGCAUUUCAAGGUCAAACGUGGUGGAGUCCUAACGGGCAAUGCCAACCUGCAAAUCCCCUCUCUCUAGGCUGCAGUUUGUCUUUAUGAAUGACAUUUGCAGUAAAUAGAUAGCCAAGUUCACGUGUUGUAGAAUACAUGCACCAUGCACAUUGCAGCACUAUGGAAUGCGUGGUCCGUCUCUGAAAGCCACACACUGGCUGACAACUGAGCCUCGAAGUCACUUUCCUAAGUUUCUUUUUCGUGGACCAGCUGACCUACUUCCUGAACAUACAUGUCACCAUUGUUGAUACAGAACAUUUACCUAGAAAUCGCUACUUUUAUUAGUAAAAGAUAUUUUUAUAGAAUUGAAUGUUUUAGUUCUGAUUUUGAAUUUCUGUAAAGUAUUUUUAUAACGACUGGCCUUCCUUACCUGGAAAAACAGAUGGUGUUAGUUUUAGACUUAUACCACAAGUAUCUAAAUGUUGGACUUACAAGGGUCUGCCCUGUAAAUACUGUUUUGCAUUGUCUAUUGAUGACUUUGUGAAAGGCCUUGAUACUCUUCGGGUGGGACGCGUUUGCUGUAUAAUGGAUUUUUACUGCUUUCUGAGUAGAGACAGAGCUGGAUGGGUAUGGGAAGCUUUUUGUAAAAUCCGCCUAUUUGCCAAUCAUUGUGGACAAGGGAAACGGGAAUGGG